AUGCGGGCGGUCGAGCAGCAGCGCUAUCACGACAUUUUACGUCGUGAGGCCAGGCCGCAGGCAAGAAAACUCUGCCGCGGGUCGGCGCCCGUUGCCGCACAGCUGAGCGGCAGCAGCCACGGUACUCAACCAUCCCUUGCUUCCAGGAGCGGCGCCUCUCUUGUGUGCGACCCGCUGGCCGAGCUGAACAUUCCCUCGACAGCAGUGCCGGAGGUGCUCGAGUACGUCUGCGACCGCCGCGGCUUCACCUCACUGCACACCAACUUUCUUCGCUUUGAAUACCUGCGCUGCAUCGUCUUGGAGCACAACGCAUUCGAAACCCUCCACAAUCUGCUCUUGCCACCAUCGGCGCUCCGUGCAUCGUCGCCCGCCUCGACCAUAACCGCCGCUGAUGGGCUCCCCCUUCUCCCGCCACCGCCUCCCCUUUACCGCGGAUGUCGGCAGCUGACGCACCUCCACGCCGCGUACAACCGCAUCCGCGAUAUUGCUGGUGACACCGACAUCCCGCGCCUCUUCCUCCUGGAGCACCUGUCGCUGGCGUACAAUCAGCUGACAGGCCUCAGCAAGGUGCUGGAUGCGCUGAAGCGGCUGCGAAACCUUCGCUUUCUGGAUCUGCGCGGCAACCCACUCACGGGGGAGUCGCGAUACCGCGAGCGAUGUAUAGCGGCGCUCCCCCAGGUGGAGGUGCUUGAUCGCCAGUCCGUCACACCAAAGGAGCGCGAGGAGGCAGCGGCACCGACGCGGUGGAACGGGCGCGCACACGAGAGCCGUUCACACAGCGCCGCCACUUCCGCGGACACUGCGGUGAGCAGCGCUCGACCACGUACCUCCCCAAGCUGCACGACGCGUCUGAGAGCGGCGGGCGACCCCUUUGCCAAGUCUCUCACGGCGAAGGACUUGGAGCGCGUCUACGCGGCGUACCUUCGCCAACAGCGGCAAGCACAGGAAGCGGCAUCGCAGAGCACCGCUGCUGCCUGGCGACAGCAAGAGGAGACAUGGGAGUCCUUUCACGCUGUCUGGACACUCUCGCAGCCAGGCAUGCCGCUCUCCGCUGAUGGCUGGCAACGGACACAGAUGGCGGCGGCAGCGGCGGCUUCGGAGAGUGCCGAAGGAAACGUGGAAAGGCCGGAGACGCAGAGCAGCUUCCUGGUCUCUGCCCCUAACUUUCGAGUGUCGGGAUCUAGCUCCGCCAGUCCCUCAGCCCCGUCAUCGCCGCUGCACGCGGGCCGCAAGCCGAUCAAGACACCGUCCGUCCCGCCUGCAACGACCACUAUCACGGCAGCGGCGGCGGCGACACAAGUGAAUGUCGGCAGUGGCACAGCGGCGCUGAACGUGAUAAUCGAGGUGUCGUUUGAUCGCCCUCUCUUUCCCUCGUCUGCAGAGACGGCCGGCACACCUGAGUCAGCCACUUCGCAGCUCGCAGCAGCAGCAGCAUCCACCAGAUCAGGGCCCCUCCCCUCAGCCGCAACCGCUAACCCACUGCUGCCCUCGAUACACGACAGUUUAUAUUUCCGCACCGUCCGAGGCGGCUCGGCGACAUCAUGCAAGGGCAUGGCGCCGCUCCUGCCGGCCGCGGCCUCUCCACCUGCAGUGAGCCGGCUGCUGCCUGUGAAGGGGCUGGCACCUGAUCGACUCACCACGCUGCAGCGUACCCUGCAGGCCUCCGCUCAGGUUGUCCGCGUCGUAACCGCACGGCAGAGCUCGCUGGGAACACUGAAGAAGCUAUCCGCUGUGCAAGAGCGUGUAGGGUCAGGGCAGCGUAAUGUCGCACCAUCGCCGCCGCCGUCCACUGUCGCUGCCGCCACCAGCAUUCCUGUUGAGUACAGCACUUUGCGUACCAUUCAGGAAACCAAGUAUGCCGUCAUCCCGCCGCCGUGGGAGGACGCGACGGUGCGCGUUGCGGUUGGUGGUGCCACGGAAACCGUCGCCAAGUCGCCACGAGCCGUUGUGGCUUCACCGGCCGCCACCGGGGCCUCAGAAGCGUCCCCCAACUGCAUCGGCGUGGUCUCGCCCUCCACAACUCAGCAGGAGGCGCUCACGGAGAUUCUGGUGCUGCUGCACGACGUCUACUCCUUGAAGGAGCUCCAGGCGCUGGAGGGCGAGUACGGUGGCGCUGAACUACUGCGACUGCUGCCGCUGCGCGAGUGGUCCGCCGUCGGGAGCGAAAGCGGACCCGGCGAGGUCGUGUGCACCACCGUGGCGGCGAGGCAGGCCAUGACACUCCUGUCACAUUCCGACAACGUCGGAAGCCCCGCCGGCGGCGGUGGCGGUAACGUGCGCGGCUCUGCCUCCCAGCACGACCGAAAAUGCGUUGCCGCGUCAAAGGGAACUGCACACAGAGGCAAUACAAAGCCCGGCUCGGUGGCCACGCGUGGUGGUGGCGGCGCCGACACCGCCGCCGGAGGAGUACCAACCGCGGCCGCGGCCCUGGACGCUGCGCGAGCGGCGCUGCGUAGUGAGCCACAGCUGGUGUGGCAGCUUCUCACAGGCCCCUACAUGGUGGCAGGAGCGACAGCUGGAGGAAGCCCCGGCGUUGUAGUGGCCCUUGGCAAGAGCAUCGAGGACGCCAGCGGGUCGGUCAGCCUCAUCCGCAAGAGCAGUAGCAGCAGCGCCGCCAUCACGGCACCCCCUCCGGAGGCCGCAAUCAGCAGCAAUGCGGGAGCCAGAGGCAACGCUGCAGCCACCUCCGUCUCUCCGGUUUCCCUGCGGGACCCCGAGGCGGUGCAACACCUUGUGCGGCCGAUCGGCCCGUACGCAUCGCACGUGCUGGGUCCGUUGCUAACGCUGCUGCGGGUGCCUGUGGCCGAGGAGGGCGUGCAGUCGAUGUGCGACGCUCUUGCGGCGCACCACGCCGUGCACGAGCGAGCCAUUGCAGCGGCGUCAAUGUCGAAGGCCACCACCGCAGAGCUUCAGCCUCGCUCCUCUAGCACCGGGCCCCGGAACAAGAAGGAGUCGCUGCUGGCGACGGAGGAGAACGGCAGCGCCGAGGCGAAGAGCAGGCGGCCGGUCAGGGGCGCAGCAUCGGCCCUCCUCCCCGACGGCGGGGCUUCCGCGUCUCUUUUAUCUGCGUCCGCUGCAGCAGGCCCCCAAACGCGCUCCUCCGUGAAAGCCGCGCAGAUGCUCCCACAGCAGCGUCCACGGCAGUGGGUCGCUACACAGCUCACCCUCACCGCGGUGCUGACCGCACUUCUCUUCUCGCCGGCUUUUGUGCGCUCGCGCGUCGCCUACCUGGAGGAAAAGUUGACGCGUGCGACGUCGGCGACGGCGGCCGCUAGCGUCAUUGCCACUGCCGACCAUGCAGGUCAGAAGGGCGGCGGUGCUGCGGCAACGCUGCCCCUCCUCUUCCACCGCGUGCAGGCAGUCAAAAUGCACGCUGCGCACAUCGAGGCCGCGCUGGCGGCGGCCGGCCCGUCUGUGACAACGAGUGAAGCGUUGCGUCUCCUUGACCCGACGCAGGUGCUGGCCGCAUACACUGGCCGUCGUUAG